CUCUUGCCGAUAGAGGUGGGAGAAGAGGCGAAUUUUGGGCCCAUGCAUGGCCCCACCAUGCUUUUGCCCUGGGUCUACUGGGCUGGGAUCUGCCUGCUGCUGCUCUGCAGGGACUGCGGGCUGGAGGAGGCUGCCAGUGGUGUGAAGGAAGCAGUGAAGUCUGAAAGCUUUAUUGCAGCAGCCCUCGGUGGAGAGGCUAUCAUCUAUUGCAACUUCUCGCUCCCCCUGGAUGUCUUGCAAGUCACCUGGCAGAAGGGAAAUGGGUCUUUCUUCCAGAACAUAGCCACCUACAGUAAAACCUAUGGGCUGCGGCUGAUAGGAUCAUUCCAGAAGAAGGCACAUUUCACUAGAGCAGCCCUGAAAGCCUCAGCCAUCACACUCCAAAAUCUCACUUUUGAGGAUGAGUCCUGCUACAGAUGCAUCUUCAAUGUGUUCCCUGAUGGCUCUUACAGUAAAGAUACGUGCCUCAACAUUCAGACUACAUCUGCUCAGUGGAUGUUCUCCAGAAUCACCAUGUCUUUCCUAAGAGGUAGUGAAGCGAUUUCUGAGCUAACAGUGGAAUUUGAGUCCCACCUCGCCACCAAGGAUCUUCUCACUGCAGUCUGCUCAGCAACAGGAAAGCCUCCUCCCAAUAUCACCUGGCUGAUAGAUGAAGACCUCUAUGAGCCCCCCAAGAUAUACUACAUCCAAAAUCCAAAUGGAACAGUAACUGUGGCAAACAGAUGCACCUUCUCUGCUAGCCACCUCCACAAUUUGGCUUGCCUCCUUGACCACCCACAGGGAAGGAAAGUGAAGACAUUUACAGAAAAAAGAGGUAAACGGAAGAGCAUAGCCCUUGUGGUGGCCUUCAUGGGUGUGAUCUCCACAGUAUUGAUAUUUUUCAUCAUCAGGCUAAUCUACAGAAAGAGGAAAAAACUGGAGAGACCCAGAGCACCCAGCACACCUGCAAGGGAGAAAGGUUUAGAGCAGGAUGUAAGUGAGGAAGCCGCAAACCUGUGCACACCAAAUGACGAGCAUGCUGCUUACCAAAAUGAGGAACAGACACCAGGAUCUUGGCUUCACAAAAGGCUACCAUAUAAAAAGAGAAACCUGGAAGGGACACCAAGGUACAGCCUCUCAUUUCCAGAGGAAGCAGAGAGCCCAGACAUGCUUCAGAGGGAACUUGCUGAGGUGUGCGAUAAUGAGCUGGGCUGUGUGCCCAUGGCAGAGCACAGAGAGGCAACAGCAGGUGGGGAGCCCGAAUCAGGCCCUGACACUGCUGCUCCCCAGCCCAGCACUUGAGAGCCGUCAGCCCACCAACGCCCUGUCUCCACAAGCCCAGAGGAGCAAUGAGGCCUAUGGGCAGUCGUGGAACCCAAGCUGAGAAUGGAGGGGAAAGGACAAUCUCCAUGGGCCCUCCUAGGUCUGUCCCCCAGGGAACCCUCAGCCCCAGAGUCCAGGCAUGAAACCCAUCAAGGUGAGCCACCACUGGAGCACCUUUGGGACCGAGGGGUCAUUGCCUUGCAGGGGUAUGGGACAUGCAAUGGGGUGCAGGGGAAAAGCAUUUGGGGUCUGUACAGGUUAUAUAUGGGAUAUUUAGGUGGCAGGAACUGAGGGUCGGAAAGGGAGGGAUUGGGGGAUCUGGGGAGGAAAAAGCAUGGGAAAAUGGAGGUAAAAUGUGUAAACAGGCAGCUGAUCAGGACACUUGUCCAGCCACGUUCUGUGCCUGAACAGCACUGUUUGUCCUGUUUUCUUAUUAAAUGCUUUUCUAGUUCUU